AUGGAUUAUACCCUGUGUAUGAGGUUUAAUAACUUGAGAACCUAUUUACCCGAUGACUUAAGCAAACAUCCAACUAGUGAUAUUAAUAAUUUAGGGAACAUUAAGAAUUAUUGCUCUAAUGGAGAAUCAGAUGGAACAGGAUGUAAGACUGAUCUCGAUAAGAUAAAUGGUGCAUGUCUAUGGUUGUUCGAGCAAUUGUUUGUAAGAAAUAAAAAAAAUAUAAACAUGGCUGAAUACAUUAUUAUAUGGUUAAGUUAUAUGUUAAACCUAAAAAAAGAAAGCGAAAUCACCAAAUUAAACGAUUUUUAUAGUAAGUAUAUAGAAAAUAAUACGCAUUAUACUAAUUGUGAUAAUGAUGUUAAAGAUUGUAGUGAUACAUUAAAAAAAAUAACAGGAUACACAAAUUAUAAGGAAAUCAUAGAUAAUAAAAUAAAUGUUAUCACUAUUGAUAUUAAUGAUAUGUCUAAAUUUUAUGAUGCAUUUAAAUCAUUAUGUAACAUGUAUACUGAACUUGUUGCAGGAGAGUUAAAAUGUGAGAAAUGUUUAGAAAAUGCUAAAGAAUUUGUUAAAACAUAUGAUGAACUUAACAAAAAUUCUAAUAUUACUAAAGAUAGUCCCUAUUAUCAAGUAUUGUCUACAUUAUCAAAUGAUUAUCAUAAUUUUAAAAAUUAUUGUAGUAUGAAUAAUGUUGAUUGUAGCAAUAUGCCACACCUUUCACCGAUAAACAUAAAAGAAAAUGGUGUACAAAAUUCUGGAAAAAUAUUUGAACAGAAUGGACAGGGUUUUGAACAAAUUUCUGAAGUUCCAUCAUCAAGUUCGUCGAUAACAAGCAAAUUAAUUCCAGUUUUAUCGAUAAUUGGUGUAAUAGGAUUUCUUUUAGGAAUUUCUUAUAAGUAUUCGUUAUUUGGAUUUCGGAAACGAACCCAAAAACAACAUUUAAGAGAAAAGUUAAAAAAAUAA